AUGCAGCGCGGGACUCAGGACUCGAUUCCGAACUCGACGCGUCGGAAACACUUUACGCCUUUGCGCUUUGGCUAUGGACAUAUCAUGGACUCCAGAGAUCAGGAGUUGGAUCCAUUUUCCAGCGCGAGUCUUUGGAGACUCUCCAGGUUCAGUGUAGAGGCUCUGCACCCUCUAGAUGAUUUACCAUGGAACGCGGGCCUAUUUGACAUUUCGGAAUCCGCAUUUACGAAUUUUGAAAAAUUCGAUGAUAUUGAUCCCAUAUGGAAGUUGAACUUCUCAACCGAUAUUGAACCCCCGGAGUCGUCCGUUCACUCGAGCAUUGAUGCUUCAAUAGACGCUCAGUCUUGCGUAUCAGCGGAAGGAAUACAAGAGAAAGGUACCGAGGAUGAUAUCUGGGCUCUGGACUUGCUCCAGCCGGAUCCUGGCUUCGUUGUGCCUUUGAAAUCAUGGGAGAAAUUCGAAAACAGGUCAUUCCAAGAGCCUGUAUCCGCUUAUUUCAGCGAGUCGGGCGUGGAAGGCUUUGAUGCUGCCCUAGCAGAUAUUUCAAGGAAGAAGGGCUUGGAAAUUUCCGGCCGUGCGGUUCGUGAGACUGCCUUUGUACGAUCGCUAUUACGCCUGGGACUCGGCUGGAGCUCUCCAUUCUUUCGCUGCGACCCCAAGACCAUGAAACUCGAGAAAUACAUUUCCGAUAUCCGUGUAUCUGGCGUGAGUCAAUCAAUCACAGACAUGAUUGUUGAAGAUGUGCUGCGCUGUGGCACAAACAUGCAAUAUGUGCGAAAGUUUGCUCGGAACUUGCAAACAAAGUCGAAGGAUUUGUCCUCGGUAUUCACCUUGCGUGGCACUGUUGCUGUCAUCAUCUACCACUUUGAGCGCCAGAUUAUGGGCCACUCCGAUAGUAUCAUCACCAUGCUGCAGGCGGCUACCUUGUUUCAUCGUUGUGGAGACUUGAUCCAAACCUUGGCAGAGAUUGUGAAAGCAACGGAGAAGGCGAGCUCAGACGCAGAAGUCAUAUCCAUCGUCAUGGACCAUGCCGCCUUUCUUGCGCAAAGGUUUGGCUGGAUGGAAAAUCUAGUCCAAGAAAUUGUUGUUCGGGUUACAGAACCUUGGCUAGGAUUUAUUGAGGGUUGGAUUGGGCUUCGUCCAGAAGGUCCAGCGCUCAAUGACUUGAUAGUCAAUGGCAAAACGUUCAUUCAGGUCGAGAAGUAUGACGAUCCUAUCAAAUUUAGGACGAGGCCUUCAAGGUUUGACUAUGCCUACCGUGGUGACCAUAUGCCAUCCUUUAUUCCCCACGACCAAGCACAGUUAAUUUUUGAAAGCGGCAAAAGUCUGCGACUUCUUAAAAAGUCUCAUCCUCAUCACCCGAUUGGGCGUCACGAUGUUCUUGCUCGAACUGGCCAUCUUCGUAUGCACUGUGCGACUACCUGGACUGAGAUCGAACAAAUCCAGCGCAAGGCUCAAGAGUAUGAGGCAAAUCUUCGCGCCGAGAUAUUGAGAUAUCACAAAGGAGACUCGAAAAUACAACCAACGGAUGAUGGCUCUGUUCCCAGCGACCCAGCGACUGAAAAUAAUGAGAUAGUGGAGAAAACAUUUAAUCUGUUUGAUAUUGAUGGUGAUAAUCAAAUCUCCGACUCUGCAAUGUACGAGAAAACACUUUCCGAAGACAAGAUAAGUGACAUGCUUCAAAGGACAAGGGGUGAGAUGAUGUUCAGUGAUUCUGAGACACGUUUCGGACCUGAGCUGGCCUCUGAGCUCUAUCUUUCCUUUGCACCAGUCAUAUCGUCUCAGGCCCAACUUAUCGACUUCUCAUGCCUUCAUCAUUUGUUCAAAGAGCACGAUGUUCGCCAUCAUCUAAAUCUACAAUGGCGGUUUCAAUUACUCGGCGAUGGGACAUUUGCAUCGCGCCUUUCACACUCGCUCUUUGAUCCUGAGAUGGAGAGUGGAGAACGAAAAACGGGUGUAGUUCGCAGCGGUGUUCAUACAGGUUUGCGUCUGGGAAACCGUGAUACCUGGCCACCUGCAAGCUCUGAGCUACGACUCGUACUUAUCGGCUUACUUGGGGACUGUUACUUUUCCGAGAAAAAGCCCGACCCAUCAGACAAGGCAUCUACUCAGGAGAAUGAGCUUCCUGGUGGACUCAGCUUUGCGAUCCGCGAGUUGUCAAGCGAAGAGAUUGAGCGAUGUCGAGAUCCCAACGCGAUAGAAGCACUCGAUUUCCUCCGUCUUCAAUACAAGCCAUCUGAUACUCUUGAAGCCCUCAUAACCCCACGGUCACUAAGUAAGUACGAUCGCUUAUUCAAGCACUUACUUCGCCUUCUUCGAAUGGUAUCUGUUGUCAAAGGCAUUGUUCGAGACUCUACCGUCCGAGAUACACUCGCUGGCGACACAAGAAACGUGUUCCAAAAAUUUAGAAUCGACGCGCAACACUUCGUCCUCGCUAUCAGCGACUACUGCUUUCAUGUUGGUAUUGGGUCAACAUGGAGUCGAUUCCAGGAUACCCUCGACAAGAUCGAACGCUGUCUCAAUCGUGGGGACAUAGAUGGCACACUCGAGGCUGCCCACUCUGUUCCGCGUCUCCGUGACCUGCACGAAGAUAUUCUGGAUCAAAUGCUCUUCGCCUUCUUUCUCAGCAAGCGGCACACAGCAGCCGCAAAGUUAUUAGAUAAUAUCUUUAGCACGAUACUUGCAUUCAGCUCAAUGUCCAGGGCCGAUGGGAGUGGUCUUCGUCACGAGAACGAGGGUCAAGUUCUUCAUCUGUACUCCAUGUUCAGGAAGCAGGUUUCCACGUUCAUUGCGUAUCUACGUGGCUUGGAGUCAGGGAAGGGCGCAUCGAAGACUAUGGUGAAAUCAGCGGCCUUCUUUGGUUUAAGAAACGAGCCCACUAGUGUCUUUGAACAUCUUCGUGUGAGAUUGGAGGUCAAGGACUACUACUGA